CUGAGAAAUGAUAUUGUGACUCACCUCUUCCCUGUUCUCAAGAGCAAAGCAAAUCCAGAACAUAGGAAAGGCACGGAAGAGCAAGCUCAAAAGAGGCAGAUGGCCCAGCCAGAAGAACACAAAUGGGAGGAUCCUGUCAGCCACAGAGAAACUUCUCUGUUAGCUCAAAUGAAAGACGAGCAAGCAAAAGCAAUGGAUUUUCUCAGCAGAAGACAAAUCAACCAAUAUGAUGCUGUCCAGGCUCAGUCAUCACAUCUCCUGGAUGAAUGUAAGAGUCAAGUAACUUUGAACGUUGACAGAGAAAAACCAGAAUGUCAGGCGCCUGUGCCAGCUAUUAAAAAAGAGGAAGAGUCUGAACAAAUAAGAAUGUUGAAGAAGCAAAUUGCGGGCCUACAGGAGGAGUUCAGGAGAAACAAGAUCCACUGGCAAGCUGCCCACAGCAGGCUAAGGAGUCAAGUGGAAGCACUGACCAAACAGAACCUGGAUCUCCAGGAUGAGCUUGGAAUGUCUGAGCAUCAGAAGAUGGAAACCCAGAGAAAACAUGGAGCACUGGAUAUUAUUAACAGAAGAUCAGAAACGCCGCUUUCUGCUGCUAUCUUGAGAGGGACAUCCUCCCAAGAGUCUGUAGAAGAGAGACUGUUGCAAGAUAACCACAAGAGUCUCAUUGAUGUCCAUGUGAGAAGGAAAAUAUCAUUUGAUGAUUUGGCUCAUAGUGAGAGGAAUGCCCAGGCAGCCAGAAGGGCAUUGCUGAGGUCUGAGACACUGAAAACUGCAAGAGGAGAACAAAGAACAAGGAGCCCAUCUAAAAUGCUGAAUAAUAGAAGUUUCACCCCUACUGGUCAGAGGACACCCCAUCGAACACCAUUUCAAAUUCAGAAAGCCUCACUUCAGUUGACUUCUAACCAGCAACAAAACCAUGGAAGAAACACACCCAUAUCGGAGUCUAACCAGGGCGUAGACAAGAAUACUGCUCCAGUUUUGUAUGUAAAAGGCAUAUGCUCUCCCACCUCAGGUGCUUCAGAAGAUGCAUCAUUUUCAAAUAGCCUAAAUGCUGACAUUUUAAACUCCACAUCUUUGACUGAUAUGAAAAUUCAGAUGAUGGAAGAUCUUGGCCAUAAAAGGGCUCAGAGGUUCAAGAAGGCCUCUAGGCCAAAGAGUGUCCCUGCAAAUGGAAGGAAAACACCUGAAGGCAAUCUUUCUACAUUUGAGAAGACUGAAAAAAAGCCAACGUUACUCAGAAGAGCAUCAUCUUGUACUGAAGACAAGGUUGGUGGAGAAGUGAAAGAAGAAAUUAAGUAUCUAGAUGGAAAGGUAAAGCAGCUGUUCACCGAUGGACACAGAAUUACUAUAUACCCCAAUGGAACAAAGAUGGAAAUUAGUACUGAUAAAAAGACAGCUACUGUUACUUUUUACAAUGGCGAUGUUAAAAAGAUCUUAGCAGACCAGACAGUGAUUUAUUACUAUGCAGAUGCACAGACAAGCAGGACUAUUUAUCCAGAUGGCUUGGAGGUGCUGCAGUUCCCAAAUGAUCAGAUUGAAAAGUAUCAUCCUGAUGGUACUGAAGAGAUCAUCUUUCCGAACCAGACAGUGAAACGUCGCUAUGGUGGAGGUUUCGAGGAAACUAUUUUCCCAGAUGGCACAGUGGUUAAAGUAGAAAAAAAUGGAGAUAAAACCAUCUACUUUCGUAAUGGGCAAAAGGAGAUCCAAACUGCUGGGUCUAAAAGAAGAGAGUACCCUGAUGGUACGAUAAAGACUGUGUAUGCUAAUGGCCAGUGGAAAACCAAAAACGUUGCCGAACAGGUCCAAAUGCAGAAUGACAAGGAAGCGCUUAUUCUGGACGAAUGACUCAUUCCCCUAAAUGGUGGCCUCACAACUCUUGCUGAUUGCAAGGGUCCGAAAACUUCUGCCAGCGUUAAUUUCCCCCUCAAAAGCCUUCUGCCAGCGUUAAAAUUCAAAAUGUAAGCUAUACAAAUAAUAUAUGGAUUGCU